AUGGCCAUCGCUCUGGCCCUCCUUCCCGACGCCGCUCUUGGAUUGACUCAAAAAUGCAUCAUCACAAUCCGAAAAGCCGAUCCUGCGCUGGGACAGGACACCUUGUACGAUCUGGUCAGCCUGGCACCGAAUUCCGACCUCACUUUUGGCAAAAUCCCCGCAUCUAUGACUGAAGUCACUUUUGGAGUCGACGAGAAGUGUCAAGCGCGGCUCGUCCGGGGGGAUUUGUCACGGCCGUAUGAAUAUAAAGGCAUGCAGAAUCCGCUUUAUGGUUUGGAUGGCCCGGAUUUUGUCAAGAAGUUACAAGCUUGGAGGAGGAAGCCGGAGAACAGUAUAAAUUUUUCGUUGUGGUGA